CAAAAACACGGGCGGCCUGUCGCCGCCGGGCCCCAGGAUUUUCUUGGACUCUUGCAGAAACUGCGCGGGGCGGCGGAAUUGAAUUUUACCUUCUAAGAAUAAAAGGUAAUGGAGACUGAACAACAGGAGGAAACCUUUACCAACACAGAGACAAAUGACCUGUCUACAGGCAAACGUCCUGCAGAAGAUAUGGAAGAAGAGCAGGCCUUCAAAAGGUCUCGGAAUACAGAUGAAAUGGUUGAAUUGCGCAUUUUGCUUCAAAGCAAAAAUGCUGGAGCAGUGAUUGGAAAAGGUGGCAAAAAUAUUAAGGCACUUCGUACAGAUUACAAUGCCAGUGUUUCAGUCCCAGACAGCAGUGGCCCUGAGCGUAUCUUGAGUAUAAGUGCAGAUACAGAGACAAUUGGAGAAAUCUUGAAGAAGAUUAUCCCUACUUUGGAAGAGUACCAGCACUACAAAGGUAGUGACUUUGACUGUGAAUUAAGACUUCUAAUUCACCAAAGUCUAGCAGGAGGAAUUAUUGGUGUCAAGGGUGCUAAAAUCAAAGAACUCAGAGAGAAUACUCAAACCACCAUUAAGCUCUUUCAAGAAUGUUGUCCUCAUUCCACUGAUAGAGUGGUGCUUAUUGGUGGAAAACCUGACAGAGUUGUGGAAUGUAUCAAGAUUAUCUUGGAUCUUAUCUCUGAGUCUCCAAUUAAAGGACGGGCCCAGCCUUAUGAUCCAAAUUUCUAUGAUGAAACAUAUGACUAUGGUGGCUUCACAAUGAUGUUUGAUGAUAGAAGGGGACGUCCAGUAGGCUUUCCCAUGCGUGGAAGAGGAGGCUUUGAUCGAAUGCCUCCUGGUCGUGGGGGACGACCUAUGCCUCCAUCAAGAAGAGAUUAUGAUGAUAUGAGCCCUCGCAGAGGACCUCCACCACCUCCGCCAGGCCGUGGUGGCAGAGGUGGCAGCAGAGCUCGUAAUCUUCCUCUUCCUCCUCCACCACCUCCUCGUGGCGGAGAUCUUAUGUCUUAUGACCGAAGAGGUAGACCUGGAGACCGUUACGAUGGAAUGAUGAUGCAGUGUCAUGUAGAUGCCUGUGAUGACAUGCAGCCACCAGAGUUGUUUGAAGGUGGCUCUGGAUAUGACUAUUCUUACACAGGGGGCCGUGGUUCAUAUGGAGAUCUUGGUGGACCCAUCAUCACAACGCAAGUAACAAUUCCCAAAGAUUUGGCAGGUUCUAUUAUUGGAAAGGGAGGCCAGAGAAUCAAACAAAUACGUCAUGAGUCAGGAGCUUCAAUCAAAAUCGAUGAACCACUAGAAGGCUCAGAAGAUCGAAUAAUAACUAUUACAGGAACGCAGGACCAGAUACAAAAUGCUCAAUAUUUACUGCAGAACAGUGUGAAGCAGUAUUCUGGAAAGUUUUUCUAAGACUAGUGAAGAACUGAAGGAGUCCUGCACCUUUUUUUUUUUUUUUUUAAUAUCUGCUUCUGUUUAAAUAGCCAACAUUCCUCUGCUUCAUAGGUGUUCUGCAUUUGAGGUGUAGUGGAAUCUGCUUUUCGCCAGAUGUAAUGUUUUAGUUCAUUACAAAUAUUUGGGGUAGGAAAAGGUUGCACAAGACUAACACUGAAAUUUUGAAACAGCAGCAGAGUGGAUUUUAUUUUUGUUCAGUGGUAGUAAAUUGUAAUGUGUUUUUAUUUUUCCUGUAGCUAUUGUGAACACCCUGCUUUAUGUACACUGUAAUUUUUUAAAUUUUUUUUGAAGGGGGGAAAGGACUGGUUUGUUCACAUGUCCCUGGCAUCCUUUGAGGGCAGUGUGCAGAAUGUAAUGUUCUUUUUUAAGAUGUAUUUUACAAUUUUUAAAUAAAUUUAGUGAACCUAUUAUUGGUGGACGUUUUUUAAUAUAUGUAAGGUAAUAUCUAAAAUGAAUACACCCUUCCCCCCACCCCCCAGAAAAUGCGUAAAUGAAAGUUGCUGUUAAGCUUACUCUUCUGCUUCUUUGAUAUAGAUGGAGUUACAUGUUUUUGGCAAAUUAAAGAAACAGUGUGAAAAUUGGCUUGGCUUUGCUAAUUGGGGAAAAAAAGUAAAAAAAUAUUAAUGCUUACGUUGUGUGAAAUUUGACCUUUUUUCAUAUUUUUGGCCCUCUGCAUUGUAUAUAUAUCUAUAUAUAGGUGACAAAAAAUAUUUUAAAACUGUGAUGCCACUGAGUUAAGUGGGUUAAAUACACCUGGUUCUACACAGAUUGCUUAAUGCAAAUAUAGGUAAAAUAGCAGUUGAUGAAAUUAAUGAAUUGGUACUUUUCAGAGCUCAUUUUUGUCAGAUAGAAACUUUUAUGAAUUGACAAAUUGGCAGUAUCUAACUUGAUUUUCAUUGUAUACAGACUCAAUUUCUUUGGUUUCCCUGUUUCUUGAGUUCCAUAGGAAAUAUUUGUGAGAAAUUAAAAAAUAAUAAAGUACUCCUGGAUAUUUCAUGUAAUACCUUGGCAUUUGUAUUUAUAAUUUACAAGUUUUAUUUUCGCUUCCUAAAUAAAAGCAAAAACAAGAGAUUCGAGAA